AUGGGUAUAUGCAUGGCUAGGAUCAUGGCACUGAAUGAGCUUAAAGAGCUCAAAGUGUUAUUACAAGAGUUGCUAGAUCAUGGCUUGAUAAGGCCAAGUGUAUCACAUUGGGGAGCUCUAGUGUUAUUCAUGAAGAAGAAGGAUGCAUCAAUAAGGCUUUUCAUUGAUUAUCGUCAUUUGAACAAACUGACUAUAAUGAAUAAGUGCCCUUUAACGAGAAUUAAUGACCUUUUUGAUCAAUUUAGAGGUUCCAUUAUUUUCUCUCAGAUUAAUCUGAGGUCAGGUUAUUAUCAGGUGCAAGUGAAAGAAGUGGAUAUACUAAAAAUUGCCUUUAGGACUCAAUAUGGGCACAAUGAAUUCUUAGUGAUGCCUUUCAGUCACACAAAUGCUCCUGACGUGGUAUCUGCAGAGGGUAUCCGAGUUGAUCCCAAGAAGAUUGAGGCUAUUCUAGAUUGGAAGUUGCCUAAGAAUGUUAGUGAGAUUUGGUGUUUUCUCAGACUUGCUGGUUGGGAGGAACAUUUACCGCUUGUUGAGUUUGGAUAUAAUAAUAGCUUUCAGUCGAGCAACAAGAUGGCUCCUUAUGAAGCUCUUUAUGGCGCAAGUGAUCAUUUGAACGUGGCAUCUGACCAGCAAAAUUCUUAUUCUGACUUGAAGAGGAAGGAUAUAGAGUUUAGUGUUGAUGAUCGAGUCUUCCUUAAGGUUUCUCCUUAG